GUGCUCUCGACCGGUUAUGUUGGAUUCGAUGAAGGCACUAUUUCUUCUGAUGCUCGCGGUUUGCUAGACUCUACAAGGAGACGAUUAGAGAAUGGUACUGUCCGGACUCUGCCCCGUACUCUGAAGAUCCGUCGGCAAAGAUUAACCAUGGCUACUGCUUUCGUCUGCGAAUUAAAUACACUCAAGAAAGAAAUGAGUAUUACGAUAGAUAUGAGACUAUAUAUGGAGACUGCUUUAUUUCUUCUGGCAGCAAACAUUCAUCAGAAUCUCAGGGCAAGUGCAGGCGUGCUGUGGAAUGAGCAAAGAAGUAAUAUGGCAGGCGAAGAUCUACAGCACUGCUUCUGUCAUUUCGGGAAGGUACCUGAGUGCAUCAAGGCUAUACAU